AUGGCCGACCAAUUCAAAGCCCGUACGCUCAAGCGCAAGAAUGUCAAAGGCCUCGCCCUCAAUGCCGCUCCCAAGCCCGCCGCCAAUGCCUCCGACCAGGAUCUUCCAGGAACGGGGGCUCCUGCCGAUGCGAAUCGCACCGAUACCUUGGAGAUUGGUCUGGAGUUUCGUCUCGAUCUGCGCAGCGAGGAUUUGAUCACCCUCAAGGAAUUGGGUGCGGGCAAUGGAGGGACCGUCUCCAAGGUCAAGCAUGCCUCCACCAACGUCGUCAUGGCCCGAAAGAUCAUUCGCGUCGACGCCAAAGAAAACGUCCGCAAACAGAUCCUCCGCGAACUGCAGGUUGGCCAUGAUUGCAACUCCUCCAGCAUCGUCACCUUCUACGGCGCCUUCCAGAACGAAGCCCGCGAUAUCGUCUUGUGUAUGGAAUAUAUGGAUUGCGGCUCCCUCGAUCGCAUCUCCAAGGACUUCGGUCCCGUCCGUGUCGAUGUCCUAGGCAAGAUCACCGAAUCCGUUCUGGCCGGCUUGGUCUACCUGUACGAAGCCCACCGCAUCAUGCACCGCGAUAUCAAACCCUCCAACAUCCUCGUCAACUCCCGCGGCAAUAUCAAGCUCUGUGAUUUUGGUGUCGCUACCGAGACCGUCAACUCCAUCGCCGAUACCUUCGUCGGUACCUCCACCUACAUGGCCCCCGAACGUAUCCAGGGUGGCGCCUACACCGUCCGCUCCGACGUCUGGAGCGUCGGCCUGACCGUCAUGGAGAUGGCCGUCGGCCGCUUCCCCUUCGAUUCCUCCGACUCGUCCGCCGGCGACCGCGCCAGUGCCGGCCCCAUGGGCAUCCUCGACCUACUCCAGCAGAUCGUCCACGAACCUGCCCCCAAGCUGCCCAAGAGCGACGCCUUUCCCCCGAUCCUGCACGAGUUCGUCGCCAAGUGUCUCCUCAAGAAAUCCGACGAGCGUCCCACUCCGCGUGAACUUUAUGACAAAGACGCCUUCUUGCAGGCCGCCAAACGCACCCCCGUCGACCUUCAGGAGUGGGCUAUCAGCAUGAUGGAGCGGCACAACCGGAAAUCCUACCUGGCGCCCCCGCCCCCCAAGUCCCUGAAGGAGGAGCAGUCGUCCAAGUCCAAGUCCGGCUCCGGGACCCCCGGGCGCACCCCGCCCCAUCCUUCGCCCCGCGCCCCCGAGGAGAUCCCGGUCAACAUGGUCCCCGACCGGCCCGCCUACCGCCCGUCCACCCAGUCACCACGACCUAUGCGGUCGGCGCGCUCCCCGCCCCGCAUCGCCCUGGAACACUUGUCCCUAGAGACCCGCGAGGACGACAGUCGCUCCGGCCGCCGCCCCUCGCGCCACGGCCUCGGGGAUCCUACCUCAGCCGUGGGUUCGCCCGGACACGUCUCGCGGGGUUCGCGAUCUAGCUCGCACAAUCCCCACGCGCGUCUACCCCUGCAGACAUCGACGCUGCCCGUGCGGGCGGCCCCACCCCCGAGCGGCCCGCCGCCUCCCCCGCCCACCUCAUCCGGCAGCGGGUGGCCGCGGGGAAUUUAA